GUACUGCCAUGGUAGAUUAUUCCAGAAGGACUUCAGAGCCACACAGAACUGAAGAACUGAGGUAGCAUCUGACAGCUGGAACUUGACAUUGCUGUUUCCUCCUCUAGUUAUGGAUGUUGCAUUUCUACUGUGCUUCACAUUGGCACUAUUGCCCAUAAGAAUGUCUGGAAAGACUUGGCAGUGCCCACGUAUUUCUUAUAAUCAAACUCAGAAUUUUACAGUGGAAUAUAGCUUCCCUACGUUUGUGGCUGAGAGGGACAUACAGAAUGUAGUCAGUUAUGAGGAUGGUAAUGCUAUCUUUGUUGCAGUUCAGAACAAGAUCUACAUAUUGAACUCAGAAUUGAAAAUAUUAUCUUCUAUAGUGACUGGUCCCUGGGGUAGUACCAGUUGCACAAUCUGUGCCCUUUGCCAAGUGGAAGGGCCAAUUAAUUUUGAAAACACCGAUAACAAAGUUUUAGUGAUGGAUCCACAUGAGCCUUGGCUUUACAGUUGUGGAAGUUCUCAAAAUGGAAUCUGUUUCCUGCACGAGAUUAAAAUGGAGGGCAGUGCUGCUUCAAUCACGGAAACCUCGUGCUUGUAUUCAGCUCAGCUUAACAAACCUUCAGAGUGCCCAGAUUGUGUGGCCAGUCCCUUAGGUACUAAAGUUGCCGUCAUUGAUCAGUUGGCUUCCUACUUUUACAUUGCAUCUACUAUCAACAAAAGUGUAGCAGAGACAUAUAGCCCCAAGUCAGUGUCCAUAAGGAGAUUGAAGAGCUCUUUGGAUGGGUUUUACUACUCUUUCCACUCCUUAACUGUGCUUCCAGAGUACCAAGACACAUAUCCCAUUGAUUAUGUGUAUUCCUUUAACAAUGAGGACUAUGUAUACUUCCUGAUGGUCCAAAAAGAAAGCCUCAGCUCCAAAUUGUACCACACUAGGAUAGCACGGCUAAGCGCUAAAGAGAGCGAACUGCGCAACUACCGUGAGCUGAACCUGGAAUGCCACUUUGGACACAAGCGGAAGAGGAGUCUUGGGAUGGAUCCGAGGGAUGUGACCUUUAAUAUCUUGCAAGCAGCUCAUGCUACCUACCCGGGUUCAAAGCUGGCUGACGAACUCACGCUCAGUGUCAAAGAACUGGUUCUGUUUGGUGUGUUUGCUGAAAGCCAUGCAGAAAGCAAGGUGCCACAAAAGUAUUCAGCAGUUUGUGCUUUUCCUGUGACCAAGAUCAAUGAGGCUAUUGAUAAUGGGAUGAUGAAAUGCUGCAGUUUGAGUGUCCAUGACAAGAUGCUUCGAGGGCUAACAUUUUACCAGGAUAUUGAGUACUGUCCACAUAAUAUAAAUUACUCAGCCCCCGUGGUGGACAACAGCUGUCAAAAGAAGCCCACAUAUAUCACUACUGAUAGCUUCAGGGUGGACCUCUUCCAUGGACGUAUGUCUCAAGUGCUGCUGACCUCCAUCUUUGUCACAGUAAUAGGUGAGGUGACUGUGGCUCACCUAGGCACCUCAGAAGGACGUGUUUUGCAGGUAGUGCUUCAGGGAUCCAGUGUAUAUACAAUCAAAGUGGCCAACUUCUCUUUGGGAGAAAGAUUGCCAGUGCUACGAGAGGUCAGCAAGCUCCAUGACUCCUUGUUGUUUGUCACAGGAAAUAAGGUAAGGGAUGUAAAUCAAACUGGUCCAGGCUGUCGCCACUUUGUGACUUGCCUCCGCUGCUUGAAGGCAGAGCGUUUUAUGAAAUGUGGCUGGUGUGGAGAUUCAUGUACCCGUCAAGAAGAAUGUGAUGGAAGAUGGAAUCGGGACAGCUGCCCCCCUGUUCUCACGGAUUUUCACCCCAGAAACGCACCAUUAAAUGGCAGCACUAAGAUGACUCUCUGUGGCAUGGGAUUUCAGUCACGUCCAUAUUUUUCUGGCACUGAUGUUCCAGAUGCAAAACUGGGUGAUUACUGGGUUACGGUGGGACGGAAGAACUGUGUGGUGGUAUUUGAAGAGAGCCUGGAAAACAGGUACAGCCAGGUGCCACACUGGAAGGAUUUUGUUGAAGUUCUUGUAUGCAUUUUGACACCAAAUGAAGAAGCAAAGUUGUUGGAGCCACAAGAAGUUAAGCUCACCAUUAUAGAGAAGGAAGGGACCCCAUUUUAUAUCAAUGGCUCUUCAAUCCUCAAAGGCUUUGAAUAUAUGCUGCCAAACAUAACUUCUAUCCAUCCUCCAUAUGGUCCGAAGGCUGGAGGAACAGAAAUCUUUAUCCGAGGACAAAACCUUCUUGUGGGAGGUACAAGGAAAGUGACAGUUAAUGGUAUUGACUGUCCUUUGGUGACAAGAGAAAGCCAGGGGGAAGAGGCCAUCAUUUGUACUACCCCUCCUGGAAGAAAUCUCUCCAAUGCUACUGUGACUGUAAUAAUAGAUGGAGAGCAGUUUAUUUCUCCGCAGCGCUUCUGGUAUCGAGAAGAUCCGCAGAUACAUAAAGUCUCCCCUAAUUGCAGCUAUCCGGGUUCAAAUGUCUCCAUUUAUGGCACCAAUCUGGAUUCAGUAUAUAAUACAAAGGUGCAAUUUGAAUCUGCCGGUGUGCAAACCAAAGCUACAGUUUGUGAGAGGCCGGUAUCUGCAGAAAGGCUUGUGUGUCAGAGUCCUUACUACCCAUUCGAAAACAAAGCAGAGGUUGUGCGUGGAAACCUGAACAUCUUAAUGGAUGGAGCUCUUGGGCACAAGGCAUUUCGUAUCCACUAUUACCCAAAGCCAAUAAUUUUCCCCUUUGAGCAAGAAGACAAAUUGUACAAACUCAAGCAAGAAAAGGAUGAAAUUGAGAUCCAUCACAGAGGGUUGUACGCUCUGGCGGGUUGCAUGGUGAUCUCUAUGACAGUGGGUGACACAGAUUGCCAUCCCAGUGUGCUGGAGAAAGAGGUGACUUGCCGAAUCCCCAAGCACCUAAGCAUCCCUCCGUCUGGUGUGGUGGCAAAGAUCUGUGUGAAUGGAAACUGCACGGAGCUGGGCUUAGUGGUUCCAGCCUCUUCUUUCUCUCCUGUUGCUGUUAUCUUGGGGAUCCUUGUAGCCAUUUUAUUCAUUGGCCUCUUGAUAUUUCUCCUGGUGAAAUAUGUGCAGCGAAAGAAGAAGACAGGAACUGAAAACCUGGAAAGGCUUUCAAGCUUCAACAGGGGCAUGACAAAUAUCCCUCUCCUGCCUUCCAACACUAGCUACAUGGCUGAUCCUGGAUCUCCAAACCAUGGCUUAUCGGAGGUGCGUUUUGGAAGUGUCUCUUACACAGGGAGCAGCGAUGGCUCUCUUAUGCCCUUCAUGCAAGUCACUUCUGCUUCCAUUAAGAGUUUUCGGCCUGAGCUGUUGGAAGAGAUGAAAGAUGUUCUAAUCCCAGAGGAGCACUUGGUUGUGCACAAGGAUCAGAUCAUUGGUAAAGGGCAUUUUGGGAGUGUUUAUCAUGGAACAUACAUAGAUUCAUCUCAGAGAGAAAUGGGUUGUGCCGUUAAAUCCCUGAACCGUAUCACCGACUUGGAGGAGGCAGAAGAAUUUUUGAAAGAGGGAAUUCUGAUGAAGAGCUUUCAUCAUCCCCAUGUUCUCUCUCUCCUCGGGAUUACCCUGCCUAGAGAAGGGCUCCCCCUUGUGGUGCUACCGUACAUGAAGCAUGGAGAUCUGCGGCAUUUUAUCCGUUCUGAGGAGCGGAACCCUACUGUGAAAGAUUUAAUAGGCUUUGGGCUUCAAGUGGCUCAAGGGAUGGAAUAUUUGGCCCAGAAGAAAUUUGUACACAGAGAUCUUGCUGCUAGGAAUUGUAUGCUAGAUGAGACCUACACUGUGAAAGUGGCAGACUUUGGGCUAGCCAGAGACGUCUUCGACAAGGAGUAUUACAGCAUCAGACAACACCGCAGAGCAAAGCUGCCUGUCAAAUGGAUGGCUCUUGAGAGCCUUCAGACCCAGAAAUUUACUACAAAGUCUGACGUAUGGUCAUUUGGGGUCCUCAUGUGGGAGCUGAUGACACGAGGGGCUUCUCCAUACCCUGAAGUAGAUCCAUAUGACAUCACUCACUACUUGUUGCAAGGCCGACGGUUGCCCCAGCCUGAAUACUGUCCAGAUUCUCUGUACGUCAUCAUGCUGAAUUGCUGGACCCCAAAUCCUGAGGAGCGACCAACUUUUUCUGCCUUGAUCCAGGAAGUAGAGCAUAUUGUGGCCUGCCUGAAGGGGGACCAUUAUAUCAAUCUCAAUGUCACCUAUGUUAACCUUGAUCGAGGACAACCCUUCCCAUCUUCAAUCAGCUGUGAAGAUGAAUUGGACUCUAGUAGGCUUAGUGAGGAGGAGUGUGAUGCAGUAGCCUAAGUGAUGUGAGAUUCUUCUCAGGAGGUGCCUUCUUUGAGUUGAACAUAAUGUACUGCAAUCAUGUGUUCCAUGUCUUCCUGUGGAUUCACUGCUCAGACUGAAGAGGCUGCACUUGACUCCUGUUCUGCUCAGAUGGUGGAGCCACCCUUUGCAUCUCACCCAUGUUGUGUAUUUAAAAAAUCAGUGGCAUGGAUCCCCCCAUGUUUAUGAAGUCACAAGGAGUAGAAAUUAGAGGGCUCAGAAGAAAGGCAAACAUAAGCUCAUCUAUCCUGUAUGAAGUGGGGCAGGUUCCCCAUAAGCUCUACAAAAGAGACAUAUUUUGAAUACUUGGGAGUUAUGGCUGACCUGUGUUCUUUUAACCGCUAUAAAAUGAUUAACAUUUCAGCCUGCGGCUGAAUCUAUAUAUAAAAGAAUAAACAUAUUAGGUUAUUGUUGUUUA